AUGGAUACCAAACCCGACCUGGUGAUUUCAAUUGACUUGGGGACGACAUUUACAGGUGUUGCCGCCAAAUAUCUCGGUGAUGACAUGAAUAUCGAAGGCAUCCAUACCGUAGACGACUGGCCUAACCAACCUGGCGGCGACAUGACUGGUAAGGUGCCAACUCGCAUCGCUUACCCGAAACAAAAUAGGCCCCUACCUGCGGUGCGAUGGGGCUACGGAGUCGAACCCGGAAUGGUUGCUUGUUCCUGGACAAAGUUGUACCUCGCCGAUGGGAACCAAUUCGAAGACGAGGCUCUCGAGUUUGCAACAAAAAUGAGGAUUCUUCAAAUCCCUCGCGGGAAAACGCACGAAAAUGUCCUCGAGGACUUCCUUGUGGAAGUACUACAAUUUGCCUAUUCCCGGCUGAAGAUAAGAUUUGGGGCAAAUCUGGCAAACAUGCGCAAGGAGAUUGUCUACACGUUUCCGGCCACAUGGCCUGCAAAAUCCAUCUCUGCGACCGAGAGUGUUGCCAGAGCAGCCGGCUUUGGGGAAGAAGGCUUCUCUAAAAAUGCCAAGAUUUCAAUGCUAGGGUUCACUGAGCCGGAGGCCGCAAUGGCCCUGGUUGUCGGUGAACCAACAGCAUUUUCUGGAAGUAUUCUAGAAGGAGGCGACUGCCUCAUGAUCGUUGACUGCGGUGGCGGUACGGUAGACCUCACGACUUACCACGUGGCUGAUGCAAAUCCACUUUUAUAUGACGAGCUCACGAGCUCUAUGGGUAAGAAGCCUCUUUAA